GAACUUUUUGCACCACUCUCCAGCCACUCUCCACUGUUUCUUGUAAGUUGUAAGUUGAGGAGGGGCACAACCGCCCAUUCAAAGUGCCUUGCUUCACCUCCAAUCUCCAAUCUGCAUGAUGGCGGGGGAGGAGCUGAUCACGAGAAGACUGGAAGCAGGAGACUUCCACAAAGGCUACAUGGGCCUUCUGGCGCAGCUAACGGUGGCAGGGGACGUCACUGAGGAAGCAUUCAAAGCCAGGGUGGAGGAAAUGGCAGCGCGGGCCCCAGAUUAUCAUACAGUAGUCAUAGAAGAUAGUGCCGCAUCCCGAGUGGUGGCCACAGCCACCUUGCUCAUCGAAAGAAAGAUUUUGAGAAACUGUGGAAAGUGCGGACAUGUAGAGGACGUCGUGGUUGACAAGGACGUCCGUGGAAAACACCUAGGGCAAAAGUUGAUAAACGAAUUGAUUCGAAUUGCGCAAGAGCAGGGCUGUUACAAGGUCAUCCUCGACUGUGCUGACUACAACACCAGCUUUUACGAAAAGUCUGGGUUUGUUAAGAAGGAGAUUCAGAUGGUCAAGUACUUUUGAAGCCCGACUGUUUAGGCAAGCUAAUUUGACUGAGGGUCCCUUCGAAAGGACAAACCCCACGAGUAGUUCUUAUGUACAGGUCGUUGUCUCUGUAAAUGUUUGUAGCCAUCGGUAAACCGUAACAUGUGUCCGCGAGACUUGCCGGCACAUCCUGGCCCAAUCGAGAGCUUAUUCUGAGUAUCUUAGGAUGGGCCGCGAAAUGGCUAACGAUCACUGCUCAAAAGCGCCAUGCGAGUCGUUCGUCACAGAAACAUGAUUCAUUUUAAGAUACCUUGGUGCUUAGCAAAGACGUUCAGUGGAUAGUUCCGAGACGUAGUAGACAGCAAUUGCGUUGUUUGACUGACCAAUUUGCAUUGGCGCCUUUCGCGUACCAUCUACCGCACUUGCUAGAUACAAGAUCUCACUUAGCUGUCAUGAUCAUGCUAACUACAUAUACGGUAUACCUAGUGACUUGGAGAGAUGGAGAAGUUAGGCAUGUACUACGGUACAUACUUAUAUAAGAACAGGGUCAGCUCUUUUUGAUGUCUGCACAUGCACUCAGCUAGGAGGCUGUUAGUCAAAAGGUUGAGCAGAGUAUGUCAGGAGCUAGAUUGACAUAUAAGAGAGACUCGUAUAGACGUCGCGCCUUCUUCAUUGCAAUGUAGAAGGUUGGAAAAGUAGUGGUAGAUAGAAAGGGCCACCAAAUUGGACAGCCGGAUUAGUUUGGAACUUGCAGAAAGCAAGCAGCCAGCUGCGGAGUUAAGUCGACCUUAGAAAUCAUAGAAUCUGA